AUGAAUGAUUCAGAAUCGAUACAUUUUCGAAAUGCAGUUUACAGCACAUUUACAGCACACAGUGAGUUUACUUUACAUUUUUUAAAAAUAGAUCUCGAUUUCAAAUUUCAGAUGUAUCAUUUUCUGGUUCUAUUGACAAAAAUAAUUUGAGUGCAACAUUUCAAGUUCUUUUCCCCUACGAUCAAUAUUCACCAAAGUUCCAUGCAGAUUUGCGAGAAAUUGGGAAUAAAUCGAAAAAUUUGGACGAGUUGGCUGGUGUUUGUUGGCGUGCCAAAUCUCUCAUUCAAAAUUCCUAUGAUUUCCUCAAAAGUUCACAAAAUUAUCGACAAUUCGAUGAAGAAAAACAGAUUAUUUUGAGAAUUAUGAGUGAAGCAAAUAUCGAAGAUCGAAAAGAUUGGCAUUUAUUCACUGAAGAAGUUUUGAAAACAAUUGAAAAUAUUUUGGAAAAUGAGGGAGAAACACAAGAAAUCAGAAAGAAAUUGAACGAAUUUGCGAAAAAAUGGAAUACGAAUAAUGGAAAUGGAAACUAUUCUACAAUUUCUGUGAAAAUCUUUGAAAAAUUAUUGAAAGAUUUAGAAAUCGACAAUUCCAAUAUUCUUCUUGUUCCUGAUAUUCAAUUUCUGAUUUAUCAAAAAGUUAAUCCAUUGAGGUUUGAAUAUUCAACAAUUUUCACCAAAUCUCCUCAACAUCAACAAUGUUAUCAUCAAUUUCAAGCACAAUUCUUGAUAUUUCAAUUCGGUGCUUUUGAUAUUUUCUGGAAUUCGACAAAUGAGCAAAAAAAGAAAGAGUGGAAGAAGAAAAUUAUUGAAGAGAUGAAAAAUAUCAAAAAAGGAUAUACUUUGGCUGAAAUUGUUGAGAAAAGUGUGGAAAAUGUGAAAUAUUCAGAACUCGCGCAGAAAACUCCAUUGUCUCAUUUUCACUCGAAAGCUUUUGAUGCGAAAUUGACGAAAGAUGAAUUUUUGAAAUAUAUUCAGUAUGGAAAAGCGAGAAAAAAUAUUGGAAGAUAUUUGAAAAAUGGAGAAGAAAUGGAAGUUUGGAAAGCAAGAAUGUUUAUCAUUUUGGAUUGGAUUGAAACAUUUUUUGAAGAUCAAAAUGAGCAAGAAGUUGGUUUCUUUUUUUUUUUGAAAGACACAAGAGCCACUGGAAAAACAGCUUUUCACAGAGAGAAAAAAUCGACAAAAAAAUGAAAAAUAUAUUUUUCAUUUUUUUUUCACUUUCGCCAGUUUCCAGGUGACCUUGUGUUUUUUAAGAAACAAUUUUUUAUUCAAAAUAUUUCAUUUUUCAGCUGAAAUCGAAUAUUUUGAAAGGAUGCACUUUUGAAUUGCCAACUAAUGAAUUGAAAACAAUGGAAGAUUUCGAAAAUUGGAGAAAAUCGGAUGAUUUGGUAUUCAAUAAAUAUGUCAAUUUUUCAAAAAUGCAAAUAUUUAUUGAAAAUGUUGCGAAUGAAAUCAAAGGUUUGAAUGAAACACUCGAAGCUCAUUAUUUAUUUGACAAUGAUGAUAAAAUUGGAAUUUCGAAGAAAAAUGAUCGAAAAGAGAAAACUAUUAGGAAAAUGGCUGAUCUCAUUCCGUAAGUAUUGAUUUUUUUUUCCUGAAAAAAUAAUAAAAUAAUAGUUUAGAGAAGUUCUCGCUGGUUUUCCGGAUGGCGAAUUUAUCGAAAUUGAGAAAUUUAGAGAAUUACUUCGAGAUGAAAUUGUUCAAUUAUCUGAAAUGAAAAAUGAUGCGAAUGUAAAUGAAAUAGUGACUGGAAUGAAUUGUUAUAAUGUAUUUUCGAAAAUUCUUUAUGAAUAUUGUGAUAUUGCAAAUGUUGAAGAUCAAGGAUAUUUUCGAAAGAAAAAACGGAAUAUUAUUGAAAAUAAUGGAAAACAAGAUGAAGAGCAAGUGAAAGUUAUUAAGAAAAUUGUGAAUGAAAUUAGAAAUGUUGAAAGUUGCGUUAAAUGUGGAGAAACUUGUGAAGAGAAAUGUGGAAUUUUGAAGAAAAUCGAGGAAUUUGAGAUGGAAAAUAUAAACAGAACGAAGAUUUUAGAAGAAAAUGAGGGGAAAAUUGUGAAAUUGAAGAAUGAAAAUAUUCAAAAUAAGAUGAAAUAUCGAGAAGAAAUUCAAAAAUAUAAGGAGAAUUUGGAGAAAAAUGAAGGAAAAAUUGAAAAUAUUCAAGAGGAAAUGAAAAAAUAUCGAGAAGAUUUGAAAAAUGAAAGAGAUUCUUUAUAUUUGGAUUUGGAACAGAAAACGAAAAUGUAAGAGUUUUUCUGAAAUUAAGUCAUAAAUUGAGAUUUUCCAGCGCUGAUGAAAAUGUGAAGAAAAUUGAGAUUGAAUUGGAAGUUUCGAAAAAUGCUGAAAUAUCAAAGGAAAAAAAUGAUUGAAAAAUUGAAGAAAGAAAAUGAAGAAUUGGAAUUUGAACUAGAAAAUGCUUCGAAAAAAUUUGCUGAAAUUCGCCAAAACGUUGGAGAAAAUCGAAAAUUCCAAGAAGAGAAAGAAGAACUAUUUAUUGAUUCAGAAUUCCAAGAAGAUUUUGGAAUUCUAGAAAUCCUAAAACUCACUGAUUUCCUCGAUAAGAUCUGCGAAACUUGCGUAGAAAAAUCGGAAUUUAUCAGUUUUCGAAGAAAAUUUAAUAUUUAUUUGCGAAUUUUGGAAGAUUUUGAUGGAAAUUUCGACAGAAUUCCAGAUUUUCCAGCAUGUUUUUCGGGAGAAUUCAUGCAAAAAUAUGAGGAAUUUUUGAAGAAAAAUAUCGAAAAUGAGGAAUUAUUUUAUGAAGAUUUCGAAUUUGAAAAUGAAAAAGAAGAGGGAAAUGAUUAUACUUGCCUGAUUUGCUCUGAUUUAUUGAUUGAAGAAAUUGAAAAAUGCACAAAGUGCAAAAAAUGUGAAAGAAAAUAUCAUUCAGAGGUCAGUUUUUCUUUAUUUUUCAAAAUAUUUUGUGAAAACUAUUUUUCAGUGUGCAUCAAAAUGGCUUUGCUUAAAUUCAGUUUGCCCAAAUUGUCGUAAUUUCUUACCAGAUCCUUGUCAAUAUCCAUUGUUAAAUUGUUAA